CAGUAAAGCCAACAAGAAGCCGUCAAUUUGUGGUCGAAUAAUAGCCAAAAAUCGUAAAAAAUUUAUACAAAAAUUUUGUUCGCGAAACUGCCACUCCAACGAAAGGUGGAAAAGUAAAGCACAAUAAAAUCAUAAGAAGCCUAGUACGGCUGACGAAACAGGGAAGUGCAAUUGGAAAAUCAACCAAUACAGUGAGAAAAUCAACAAAGCGCAAAGCACUUGUACGAAUUAAAUUAGCGCACACAAAGUUGCAGUGCACGAAAAAAAAGCAAAAAAAAAAAUUGCAUAAAAAAUUUAUACCAAAAAAAAAAAUAAAUUGCAAAAAAAAAAAACAACAAUAAAACGAAACAAAUUUCGCAAAACUCCGCAAUGUACGCUCAAUACGGCAAACGAAGAAAAUACGCGACUAUGCCAGCAAUGCCAACAAAAAGCAGCGCGAUUUCGCGUCUAUUUCUCAUCACCGCUAUUUGUGGAUUACUUUUGUGUAGCAUACAAAUGGUUAAAGCUCAGGAGCAAUUGCAGAGCAAUGAUGCAAACGCGCAUGUGCAGACAACAAUUGUGGCUGGUAGUGAUGCUGCGCCUACUACGUUGCCUGCUGAAAAUUUAGAAACACAACAGCACAAACUGAAGCUGCGUCAGCGUUGAAUGCAUCAUCAUUCCACCAACAUGCAGCCGAAACUGGCAUAAAAACGGCGGCCAUUGAUGCAGUGGAGGAGUCCACUAGCAGUGCUGUGUUGUUGAGUGAUAGUUCAACGACUUCUACGUCGUCUGCUUCGCCAGCUGCGCCAACAGCUACUACAACCACAAAAGCAACAGUUGCACUACGAGACAACGACGCGACGACGGCGACGACGAUGAUGAUGACGACCACGACGACGACGAUGCUCAAUUCUUAACGACCACAGCGACUGCGACGAUAGAGACGUCAGCUGCAGCAGCAGCAGUGGCGGUGGCUGGAGCAAACGAUGCGGUGCACAAAUUGGAUGUUGCUGAUCCAUCAACCAUCUCCUCAUCGACAACUACAACAGAAGCAUCCUUGCGCGCAGCUGAGACGACGCAACACGGUGACAGCGCUGCACCCAGUACUGCCAUCACCAACAAUAGUGCGCCUGCGCCACCAUUAGUAAUGCCAAUAACAACAAUAGAGCCAAUUAUUACAACUGAACCAACAACUACGCCCACAAGCGAGUACAGCAGCGAGCGACAGGCAAAAGAACAUAUUGCGCCGCCUGAUGCGGACGUUGAGACGCAUCAAACGAUUACAACUACAACAACAAGUGCAACACCAGGCACAAAGGAAGACGUUAUACUGCCGCAUGUAUUGGCCGAGCAUGCCCAACACAUUAUCGAGGUGGACAAAGCAGAGCACAAUCACAAUCCGCCGCAUAUGCACUUAACACCCUACGACGCGGAUCACAUACAGCAUAUACAUGGACAUCAUGGACACGAGCACGAGCACGAUCACGAUCAUACGCAUGAGCACGCCGACGAUGUAGCGCACCUCGAUCACAUGCACGAGCACAAUGCCCACGAAGAACACUCGACGGAGCAUGUGAUCUCCUCGACCGCAAAUGACAUUUUCGCUGAGAGCAAGGAACCAAGCAAACCACUCGACACUCCUUUUUUGGAGAGCAAUGCGCAUGCGGAGGGUGUGAAUGACACACAUGGCGGGGAGAAGAUCGUGCACACACCCGCUGAGGUGCUGAUCAACCAGAUCUCACACGAAUUUGAAGAGGAUGAUAAAGAUUUGAACAAUUUUCGGCAUCCGGCAACGCUGAUUACUGCCAGCAAUAGCGACGAAUCGAUGAUGGCCGCCAUGAUGGCGGCAGCAAUGAAAGAAAACGAAAGAGAUACAACAGCGGCGAUGGGAGAGCCAGCAGCGCGGCAUGAAGAGGAUCCCUACCACGCGCACAUACUCUCCGAGCAGCACGAUCGUUUGGCCGAACAGGAAGAUUUCAAACUAAUCGCGGAGGACUUGAAUAGUUCGACAGAGUCGCAUUUAGAGACGACAACGCAGAAAGGCGGCGAAGUGGCAAAGAAAGUCGAAGCAAACGCAGAAGAUAAUUUGGCUGUUGUAGUACCAGCAAUUGCAAUGAUCACUACAACAAAUACAACAAAUGAAGAACGUGGACGUGCAAUGAAUAUAGUCGAAGUCGAGCAGCAUAGAGCCGAAGAAGCGCCUGUUGUGACAACAACGCCACCAUCAAGCGCGAUUAAAGAACCAGUUGUGGUGCCGAUCGUCGAAGGACAGCUACAGCACCAACACACUGACAAUCAUAUGCACGUAGAUGAUCACACGACCACUGAAAUCACAACCACAACAAAAUCAGAAGUCAACAACAACAACAGCGAGGCGACACUUAAAAGCGACGAAGAUUCGUCAUCAACACCAUACCCACAACAUUUUUACUAUCAUGGCGAGGGUCGAUCUGUGGGCGAUAGCAUAUCGGCGGAGAAUGACGAUGUACCAUUGAACUAUCAAUACCACAAUUUUGUGACCACAGAACGCGACGGCAACAACAACAAUAAAAGUGUUGUACAUAAGAGCGGCGCUUUGUUGGAUUUAAGCGAUAUUAACAUGGAUGAAGACGAUAAAAUGGAUGUGACGCAUAAUACGCACGAACAAAAGCAACAACAAGAGCAACAACAACAGGAGAAGCAACUUGUAGAGCACAAUCACAAUAACCAUAGCGCGAAUGAAGGCGAAGAACAACAACUGAAGAUUACCGAGGUUACGAAGGCAGCAGUGGGUGCGGCCGCAGCGGCUAUGCUGCAAGACUGCACUGGCAGUGAUGAGAAGAUGUACAAG